AUGCUCAAAUGCGUUACUGACCGAUUCCGCCGGAAUGCUUGGAGCCGGGCACUGCAGCAUUUUUUGCGGGUCAUUAAAACCCGCGCCCGGAAUAUCACUGAGAAGCGCCUGUUGUGCCAGAUGUCCUAUUCCAUAGCCGACAUUCUGACAAAUGUUUCCAAUCAAAGUAAAUUAACAAUCAAAUUACACCGAUUACGAUUUGCAUCGAUUUUACUCGGAAUUUGUUCGUUUGUACUGGUUGGAGCAUUUGAAACCGGCGACUGGCUGCACUACUUUGAUCAAGAUCCGCGGCGCCGUAAUUUCCAGUACGAUCUGCCGUUGGAUCCGCUUCCAGUGCGUUUUCCAAUAUGGCAGUACGUAAUUCUUUGGACAGUGUGGACAACACUGCUUUUUGCUUUAUCACAGCAGAUGUACAUCGGUUUAAUUUUGCAUACUACGCUUAUUCAGUAUUCGCUUCAAGACAUUCGAGACAGUCUGGAGAAGGAAAGCACUCACCUCCAUUUUUUAUCAAAAACCGGAAAGGCCAAAAGCAGUGAUCUUUGUGAACAUGUCUAUGAGAAUUUAAAGACAUUGAAAACGAGAUAUUUUCAAAUUGGAUUGGAGAUUAAUCUACAGCUGCACACAAUGGUGGAGAGCGGCGAUGCUCUGCCGGAAGUGCAACUUCUAAACCGAUUCAAGAAAGUUUUACAAGCACUGCUCUCGCGAUUUCUCAACCUCGUUCGAGAUCAUCCAGUUAUUUUCUCGGGAGCCGACAUGUUCCACGUGACCCGGAAUUUUCUGGCCGGUACAUUCACCUUUGUGCUAUCGUGCGCAAUUGUACUCAAAGAGUUUAUCCAGCGAACUGAUGAAAUACUUGUAAGAGAGUAUUCCUGUAACACUACCGGGAUGAAGUUGGACGUUAACGUAUCCAGGGAAUUUGGUUGAAGUUGUGAAUGAUCUACAUUAAACAGCGUUCAUCUGCAAGCAUGAACAGUGAACACAUAUCAGCAGAAAAGUUGACCCACGAGACCGGAAGCGAACUGGCUUAUAUUGACGAAAUUUCGGACUGACGGAUGAUUUAAUGACAGCCGGCAUGACACGAGUUGGUUUUUUAAAACACCGUGCCUCCGUACAAACGCACCAAUAAUUAUUAAAAUAAUAAUCAGUGAGCAAUAUAAACGAGGAAAUGCACCGUUUGCGCUGGCGGCGGAUUCAGACCAAGUUUUUUCGUUCCUACAGCACAGCCGUUGA